AUGACGAUCCGCGACGGCAGUCUUCAUGACUCCAAUGAGAUUCCGAAAACAGCAGCCUCUGGAAACAGAAACUCGGGGGUAAAGCUGCAAAUCGGCAUCGUGGGCGCCGGUAUUGGCGGCUUGAUGGCGGCCGUAGCGCUGCUGGAGAGCGGCCACGACGUCGAAUCCAUUUACUUCACCGACCCUUCCGACCUCGGACAGAAACGGGUGGUGCCGUGCGCCGACUUCACGCCCAAGUACGGCGCCCCUUUCUGCUUCUUCCACCGCGUGGACUUGCACAGCGAGCUGAGGAGGCUGGCGACGGAGCCGACGGACAAGAGGCUGCGGACCGCCCGCCUUCAUCUCUGCACGUCCGUGGCCGGUGUCGAUGAUGACGGGACGCUCUGGUUCCAAGACGGCACGAGGGUCCGGAAGGACCUCGUGGUUGCGGCCGACGGUAUCCGGGUGCGUUGUUUCUCGUCUCUCUCUCUCUCUCUCGCGUCCCUUCAAACAAGGGUGGUCGUUAUCGCUCGUUUCAUUACUGACGCCCCCCGCCGAUCCCAGUCCGCGUUCGUGUCUCGCGUCGUGGAGGAGGCACCUCGAGCGCAGCACCACAUGUCCAUCAUGCGCUACCUGGUCCCCUCUGAAACCGUGAUGGCCGACCCGGAGGUUGCUGGCUUCUUCGUCGACGGCCUGAAAUCGCUUCGGGUGGUUGAUAACGUCGACAAGCGUGUCAUCAUCUACGGCUGCCGAGGGUACGUAAUGCCUUUCGCGCCGCCCCUUCCAUGGUGUGAUACUGGCCAACAGCGAACUAAAUUACCGGCCUCAAGGGGAUCCCUCCAGAACAUCGGACUCAUCUACCCUCCACAGCUCGGCAUGGACGCCGCUGGAAACGACAUAUCCGAAAGCGAGGGCUUCGCCAGCAAGGUCAUGGCCGAAUUCCCGCAGACGAUCCAGUCUAUCUGUCGUGAAGCAAAGGGCGUCGGUCAGUGGCAGCUCUUCACGCGGACGCCGCUCGAGAGGCUCGCCCGCGGCCGCGUGGUCCUCAUCGGAGACGCAGCGCACCCUAUGCCUCCCCUACGCGCACAGGGCGCGUCGAUGGCGAUCGAAGACGCGGCCGCGCUCGGCGUGCUCCUCUCCCAGGUCGGGUCGGCGGACGAGGUCCCGGCUCGGAUGGACAUGUUCAACAAGCUCAGGUGGGGUCGCGUCGCGGCGACGCAGCUGCUGUCGUCGGAGCACAGGUGGGACCCGUCUCGGCUCUCCGAGGAGCAGCGCGGGUAUUUCGGUGGCGAUGUUCCCCGUGAGUCGUUUCUUCGUCCCGUGUCUAAUGUGUGCAGAGGCCCAGCUGACUUGGUUUUUUCUUCUUCUCCAGACACUGAAGAUGAUGUGGAGAAGUACAGUUAUGGGUACGACGUCAUCCGCGACGCGCUUAAGCUUUUAAAGGACGGUCGUUGA